AUGGGGAGGUUUUCGGCAGGGGGUGAGAGAGCAAGCGGUAUCGAGUGCAAAGAUGAGGUGUUCGCUGCACACCAAGUGCAGCACGCAGACUUGAAGCCUGCCGUGGCUCCGACUAUACCAGAAGCUAAUCCAGCACAGAUUUGUGUGGCCACUGAACCAUCUAACGGUGCUAUAGUGGCCGCUGUCCUUCCAGAAGAAGAGCGCCCUGUACCCGUCACUGAACUUAUAUUUGCACCCAGAAAGAAGGAAAUGAAUAAAGGAUUUCUCAUGUUCUCUCCUGACGAGGGACUUACAAUGCUUAAAGACGAGCCGGAGGACCUCACACAUUUGGCGCCGACGGCUGGAGAUGCUUGCAUUCCUUUAGAGAACAGCCCUUUUGACAUGUUUGACGAAUUCAUUUUAAGUGACAAUUAUUGCAGUCUACUUGGUGACGACCUGACUAGUGGAUCACCAGUAGAUUCGUUGAUAGCGGAUUCCUUACUCUCGUCCCCAGAGCCACAGGAAACCGAAUCAUCGUGCGAACAGUCGUCGCUUCUGAACGAGUUGUCUUUGGAUGCGUUUGAUAGUAACAAGUCUGAGAAUGACAUCGACGAUGGACAUUCACCAUUCAUUCCCACUACUGACGAGCUUCCCCUUCUGGAGCCAGCAGUUAUGUGGGGGGCUCUGCCUGACAACGUGUGCCAGGCUAGACCUCAACCGACUGAAGUUCAAAGCCCCGCCCCAGCGUUGCAGCGCUUACUAGCAGCGCCACCGACCGGGCCACGACCGCAAGAUCUCAUCACAAAUAUAUAUUCAGAUCAAGGUCUUAUUCCAAGCAAGAUAUCAACAUGGGACACUGGUGUUAAGCGUGUUUUGACCAAAGACGAAGAGCCUUCAGCGAAACGCGUGAAGCGCAGUCCGUCACCGACAACGAAUCAGACCUCAAGCGUCCUUAUGAACCUCCUGGAUGUCCAUAAUAAUGGAAAGACGACGAAUCAGCUGCCAAAAUAUCAGAUGCUAGUCACUCCACCGACAGCCUCGCCUCAAAGCCCAAUCCGAAACAUCCCGGUGCCGGUCAUAAACAUGAUGCAGCCCAAUCAGCAACUCCGAAACACGAUAACCAAUCAAAUAAGCACAAACAUAUCAAAUCCAAUGUCCCCGCUGACUUUAAACGUCGGAAGUCCAUUAUACUCCCUGCCAUCAAGUCCAGCUAUAAGUCCAAUCCAAAGAGAUCGCGUUCUGAGCCCCUACUCCACUCCCCAAUCUUUAUCACCCGCCGGUAGUUAUCAAAUGUACAGCCCGAAUAGCAACAUUCUCCUAUCACCCUCCGGAGUAAUGCAAGGUUAUGAUCCGUAUUUGACGAAUAAAAUGCAAACCAGCCCCGGAUAUCCUCUCCAGACGUCAGAUAUGCUGAUGGAUUCCAACAUCCAGCUGCAAUCUGCCGACUUCUGGUCCGAUUCUGAGAUGCUGCAAGGCACGAGCGAUCUCCUCACAGCAUUCGACGACGUCAAAUUGGUGUAAACGUGUGCUUGUUACGUUGUAUUUUUAUUGCGAUAACGUUUAUAACAUCCUGUAUUCGUCUUCACUAUGAAUUGACCAAUUCGUUGAGGGAAUAACAUUCCAAUGUUGUCGGUGCUGGAUGUAUAAAUGUUGUCUCGAUAUGAAAUCACUGGAAUGAAUGCAGGGUCUUUUAUAGUUAGAUACCACAAGGAUUCCACUUUCCACACGUAGUUACCUCACAAACCGUAUAUCUAACAAAUUCUGGACUCCCCCGGGGGAUCCUUAUAGUGUUGUAUAAAUAUAACCAUCAUGUACUGAUUUUGAUAAUAAUCUGUGGAAUCCUCGGUGAUAUAAUGUGACUUAGAAUGGAAUGGUUCGUUGAUUUAAAAAUAAAUAGUUUUAUAUAA